GAUCACGAACUGAUACGCCUUAAUAAGUAUAGUUGUCUCUUGUUUAUCUCUCUGACAUGAGAUCUCUUAUUUGUUUAACAAUAGCCUAAACUGUCAGACUGACAGUCACCAGGUGUCCCGCUUUGUGUUGUAGUCCUGUAGCUGUAGCUUUGUGUUGUAGUCCUGUAGCUGUAGACCAUGGGGCCUCAGGCCACUAGACCCGGUUACCUAAGAUAGCCCUAGCUCCCACUGGCCCGGCAGUGGAAUCACAGCUAUUUUUACCCUUUCGCUGGGUAUCCCACAUAUUGUGUGUUAAUGUCCCACAUUCUAAUUGGUCAUUUCAUUUUUAUUUGCCCGAAAUAAGGAACUCUGCUCUGUCGCACAAACCAGAUUUACGCUAACUUUGCAGACAAGGUCAAAGAUACCAGCUUUGUGGCCACAAAGAAAACACAUUUUUUUAUUGAAUUAUAUUAUGUUCUUGGGUAACCUUUCAGCCUCAGUAACAUGUUCUACACAAAUGUACUACUCGUCCCACAUUUGUAUGUUUGCAUCUGCUGCUCAGGCAGGCUGGUUUCACUUGGCAAUUAACAAAGCAUACAUGUAUAAUAACUUUAAUCACCAGGCCAACCUACUAUGGUUAUAUUGGGAUAUUUAUUGCAUAACUCGAGUGUGCUUAGAACCAUCUAGGACCGCGCGCGCGAGAGAAUAAAAGCGGUUGUUGAGGCGCCCUUACUACCCUCAAGGCGCGCGAAAAUAGUCACGUGAUCACAACGUAAAUGCUCCGGAAAGCACCAACAUCCAGUGUCUCCGUAUUGCACAGGAAAAGAACAAUUUUACAGUUCUUACUACUGCUCAACUACUUCAGUUGUAUCAUCUGCAUUUGACGAACAAUUAUAAGUGAUGUAAGGAUGGAGCUGGCCCAUCAUGGUCUGGUUCUCCUACAGAGGCUGAAUGCUCAGAGGGAGUUUGGGUUCCUGUGCGACUGCACUGUAGUCAUUGGAGAUGUUUUCUUCAAAGCCCACAAGGCUGUCCUGGCUGCCUUCUCUAACUACUUCAGAAUGCUUUUCAUUCAUCAGGACAGUGAGUGUGUACGUCUGAAGCCGGUAGACAUCCAGCCAGAAAUCUUCAGCUACCUCCUGAACCUGAUGUACACUGGAAAGCUGACCCCCCAGCUUAUUGACCCGCUGCGACUGGAGCAGGGUGUCAAGUUCCUGCAUGCUUACCCUCUUCUACAGGAAGCCAGCCUGGACCUGCAGCCCAGCGCACAGUCUGCUGUGCUGACCAACUCCCUCUACGGCAUUCAGAUCGCUGAGCACCACUCCAGUAACCCCUCACCCCGCAAGCGCAAACGCCCCCCCUCCUCCCCCCUGCCCACUGAAAAUGUAGUCUGUGUACCCAAACAGGAACUUGGAGGUGUGGAGAUUGCUGUUUCCAAUUCUCCCCAUGUGUCUGCAGAGAGGAAGGUGUCCUGUAGUCCCACAGCCCCUUCUGCAUGCCCUCCGCAUCCACACAUGCAAGUGGGCAUAAUUCAGCGCAGCGCCUCCCGCAGGAAGCACCACACCUGCAGCCACUGCGGCAGUCUGUUUACCCAGCGCAGUCAGCUGAGGGAGCACAUGGUCCUGCACAUCCAGCAGGGCGCACAGCUGAAUCUCACUACCUACAGCAACCAGCAGGGGGAGCAUGUGGGCUCACAGCCGCAGGUGCAGGAGCCGAGUGGAAACAGAAGUGGAGAUGCAACACCUGACAGCUCCCUUGCUGAGCCUGAAGCAGAGGAAGAGACGGUGCGUGCUGACAGUGAUGUUGUCAACAGCGAUGGGGAGUUGCCAGCCAUGCUGGUGCAGCAGGGUGGAGAGUCCACACCGCCACCUUCAGACAUUGCUGACAUUGACCGCCUUGAGGAUGUGUCUGCGGUAGAUGUGAGCGAUGCUAAACGGCGGCGUUUCCAGUGCCCGACCUGCGGGCGUAAGUUCUUGCAGCGCAGCCACUGGCGUGAGCACAUGUACACCCACACAGGCAAGCCCUACCGCUGCAGUGCCUGUCACAAGUCCUUCUGCCGUGCCAGUCAGGCGGCACGCCACACCUGCCGCUUGCUCACGCAGGACGCCUACACCAUGGUGGACCCUCAGUGUCUACUGCUGUGUGAUGGGGUGGAUAGCAGCCAGACUGAGGCCCUCUUCCUGCCCUCCAGCCGGCCGUAUAAGUGCCACUCCUGUUCUACCCUCUUCUGUAGCCCAGCUGAGGUCUUUAAACAUCACUGCAGCCAGGCUAUCAAUGCUCAGGGUUUUGUACGGCCUCAAGAUAAGACCCAGAGCAGUGGAUCAAGAGGUUCAAGCCCAGUCCUUCCCGAUGCUGAUGAAAGCUGAAUUUGGGCCUAAAAUCUUUUUCUAUGUACUGUACAUUGUUUAUGUGGCGAAAGCUUACAAGUUUUCAUGUAGUUGCACCUUAUGCAACGUGGUAUUUGACUUUAAUUUUUACAUAUUCAUAUUGAUCCUUUUUGUCUGGACAACACUUAACACAUUUUUUUACUGUAUUUGUUGACAAUAAACAGAUUUUUGUAAAUAACA